AUGGGCGUACAGUACCUAGAAGACUGCCCAGACGAGCACCGUAUCCCCAUCUUCCUGUUCGCUGGUGGGACCGUCGCCACCCUCAAGACGAUACACGUACUCUACUUCAACUACAAGGUCGCCAAACACGCCUCUGAUAUCUUGAUGUCUCGAAGGGCAGACGACAUGAUCGACCUCGUGCUGAACGUGUUCCUGUUGGUCUGGCACUUAAUGGGAUCCUACUGGACCCUGGUCCAGUGGUGGCCCCCCGAGAAUGAGCCGCUGUACGACGACCCCAACGAAUGGUGUGACCCCACGUGUUACACAUGCGCCGUCAUUCACGUGGUCGUCGGCUGCUCGCUCAUCGUCUGCAAGGCGCUCAUACACCUGGGGCUAGCCUUCUGCUACAAUUGUACAGGGGUGUUUGAAUCGUGA